AUGGCGCAGAUCCCCUCUCAAGACAAAGCUAACCAAAUAGAUAAAGACUGGCUUACCAGAGCUCAUCGAGACGAGUUUCAUCAGUCAGAUGCGAUGACACAGACUAUGAAAAAGUCAUCUUCUCACCAGAUUCCGAUACCUCCAUCAAUGACAGAAGAAGCCACAACAAAGAGGCCCUUGUGA